AUGCACGCGUUUUAUCAAUGCACCAGUUGUGAUUAUUUCUGCCGAAAAGAGGAGAAAAAUAUCGCUGCAACAUCCGGACAAUCUUCAUCGGUACCAGCAAGAGCCGAGCUAAAAGCCGAAAAUGGUAUAAUCUGUGGUGAUCUCUAUCCAGCACAUCACGCCGACUGUAUACCAACAUCACUGGACUCACUGAGGACGCUGGGCGAGAGUUUGAGGGAUUUUCAUGUGGUCAGAGAUCGGCGAAUUAUUUCGCUGAAAGCUGUUGAUGAUUUUGAAACUGGAUCCGAUCAAAAUUUAUCUGCAAGUUCCAUUGAAUCAACAACAAGCGAACCAGCUUGGCAACCACCUACAAAUGAAAGCACUCUCUGGUUUGCAUUUUUUUUUUUGAUUGGUUUUUUUCAAAUGUCCACGAAAUCCACAUCAACAACAAAGGAGUACAAGCAACAGCAGCAGCAGCACUGUAACUGCAAGCGUUUUUAUGAGGAAAAUUUGGAGAUGUACCAGGAUAUGGUGAGAAGCCUGGAUGAGAUGAGGGCAAUUGUUGAGGAAAUGAAAUACAUCCAUUCAUCACGCAUUAUUCCGCAAUAUGUUAUCGAUGAGGGUGAUGUGCUGGUUGAGGAUGACAUUGGUGAAAUUAUCCCAAAAGAGAAGGACUUACCUUUUUUAAGAAAUCUGAUCGAUCAGACAUCGAUUAGGGCAGCAGAUAGGGGGAGUCAAAACAUGGAGGAGUCGGGCGCAGAACCACCGGAUGUUAAAUCGUCAAUGGCGGUUUUUUCGCUAGAGCUGAAUGCACCCAAACAGGCGGUUGGAAGCGAUGACAGCCAUUCUGCGCGUACAACUCCAAGUAAGAAGCGAAGUUUCGCCUGGACGCUUGUUACUGAGAACGAAGACAAAUUUCGAUGCAAUGUUUGCAAAACAGUGAUCAGGUAUUGCUCCUCAUCCAACAUCAAACGUCACUACAGCAACAAUCAUCCUGAUGUCCUGAAACAGUUUAAUAAUGAAUCAGAUCGGGCAGCGGCCGAAAUCUCUGAUGACAAGCAAUUUGAGUUUUUAUGA